CUACCGCCACGAGAAUUAGCGGACUACCUGCUAGGCUGCUAUUAUGAUGAAAUUCACAGUUUAUAUCCGUUUUUCCACCAGCCUGCCUUUGCUCGCGCAUAUAGCGCUCUAUGGGCGCCCGGGCCUCCAGAGGAUGUGGAUGACUUUGGAAAACGAAUAGGAUUAGGAGACUCAAGUUUGCCCUGGCCGAUAUUUCAUGCCGGACUGAACAUUGUCCUAGCACUAGGCUGCUAAUUCUCCUCAUUGGAUAGGAUGACGCGCGAAGCUACCGCGGAUGCCUUCUUCCAGCGAUCCCAGAAGUUCUUAAAUGGCAUCUCCAUGGCUAAAGGGAGUUUAGCGCUUGUCCAGACACUUUUACUGAUGUCAUCUUAUCUGCAAGGAAGCGAGUCCCCAGCACGGUGCUGGAAUACCAUCGGCUUUGCAUGCAGAAUGGCGCAAGCACUCUGAAUGCAUUCCUUGAGUUCGGAUAGAUUUAGAUCGGCGGCGGAAAUCCAAGUCAGAAGACGUGUGUGGCAUGGGUGUAUCAUGCUGGAUCUAGCGAGCAGCAUGAUGUUGGGCCGCCCGCCCAUGAUCCAGGAUUCAGCGGUCCCUCUCCCAGACGCCAUCGAUGAUGAGGCCCUCGAUCAACCGAAUCUAGUUUCCAGAUUGCCACCCACAGCCUUAUCGAGAACAGAAUUUUACGUGCGCACGUUGCAGCUGUAUAAAAUUCUAAGGCAAAUCCUGGCAAGAAUCUUUGCGCCCUGGGAAGGUAGACAGGAGAAUCUAGCUGAGCAGCCUCAGGCUGAAAGCAGCCAAGCUAGAAAUGUGAUGGAGCUAGAAGUAGAAUUAUUGGCUUUAAGUCAGAACUUCCGGCACAACUGAACUGGCAAAAUGGAGAAAUACCGGCCAAUACCAGUAAGCAAUAUUCGCGAGAAAGUUGCUUGCUAAGGGCGAGAUUUCUGCAGUAUAGAAUUCUUCU